UUUGUUUUUAUUGUCUCAAUCGGAGUCAAAAAUUAAACCGGCAAAGUUGAAUAGUCUGAACCGUACCAUUCACAAGAGGGAUAAAAAGCAGAAAGACCGUUUCCAAGAAACGAGGAUCCCACCUAGCGAGCAAGCUUCCAGUCAGUCAAACCUCAAUGAAGCUUUUCGACCAUUCAUAAUUGAUAAUUCAUUAGAUAGGAGAGUAAUCUCGAGUAAAACAAGCUAGGGAACAUUCCCCGCUGGAUGCUCCUACAAAUUAAAGGAUACCCGAAGGGCGAAUGGGAGACCUAUCUAGCUCAUCAAAAAAAGAAUAAAUUUCCGGGAAAGAAAAGAAGGAUAGAAAAUAGAAAGGAAGGAAGGAGGAAGGAGUGCAUAUGCCCGAGAGGAGGUGGGGUGGUGGAUGUCGUAUCUACCAGUCGAUGUGGAACGAAAACAUACCAUACCAAACCUCCUCAGUCCUCCAACCUAACCCUCCCAUUCCACGCGGCAGCUACACCACGCACUACAGUUAGCUCUCGGCCUUGCCUAAAGUCGCCUCCCCACUCUCAUCUAUCCCAUCUAGGUACUAAAGCGCGCAUGCAGCGGACUGUAAACCCAUCCCUUUCCUUGUAUCUACCGUCUGACCUCCCUGCCUUAUAAAUUUAUCUCCUUCUCCCCCAGGCCUCUCGCUUCUAAUUAGCUCUCUCUCUCUCUCUCACCCACCUACAACAAGAAGAUCUAUAUAUAUUAUUAACAUGACAGCGGCGCCUCAACCGCGGGGGGAGCAAGGUCGGCGAACCCUAAUAGUGGGUUCGACCGGGUUCAUCGGGCGGUUCGUGACGGAGGCGUGCCUCGCCUCCGCCCUCCCCACCUACAUCCUCCUCCGCCCCUGCGUCACUCCCUCCCCUUCCAAGCACCGUGUCAUUUCCUCCUUCCAAGACCAAGGCGCCAUCGUCAUUCACGGGUCAAUCAAGGACCGGGAGUUUGUAGAAAAGCUUAUUCGGGAACAGGAGAUAGAAGUGGUGAUAUCGGCGGUUGGUGGUGACAGCAUCUCCGACCAGCUCACCUUAGUGCAAGCCAUCCAAGCAUGCCCCACCGUUCAGAGGUUUUUGCCAUCUGAAUUUGGGCAUGACAUAGAUCGGGCUGACCCGGUGGAGCCGGGCCUUGCAAUGUACAAUCAAAAGCGACAGGUGAGGAGGGCCAUAGAGGAGGCUGGGAUCCCCUACACUUACAUUUGUUGCAACUCUAUUGCCGCCUGGCCCUACCACGACAACACUCACCCUGCGGAUGUUCUACCCCCCUUCGAUCAUUUUCACAUCUACGGUGAUGGCUCCGUCAAAGCUUAUUUUGUGGCAGGCGAUGAUAUUGGUAAAUUCACAAUAAAAGCAAUUAGAGAUGGUCGAACAAUAAACAAGUGUGUUCAUUUUCGACCAUUAAAAAAUCUACUAAAUAUGAACGAACUAGCAUCACUGUGGGAGAAGAAAAUUGGACGCGCACUACCCAGAACAACCAUCACUGAGAAUGAUCUACUCUCUGCCGCCAAUGAGAUGUGCAUCCCGCGGAGCAUAGUUGCAGCAUUUACCCAUGACAUUUUCAUAAAGGGGUGCCAAACAAAUUACUCCAUAGAUAAGGCGACGGAUGUGGAAGCAACCUCUCUGUAUCCCGACGAUCCCUUCCGAUCCGUCGACAAGUGUUUCGACGAUUUCAUGGAGAAGAUGGUUGAGAUGAAUCCUGAGGCGACGGCGAUGGAGGCGGAGCCGAUCAUCAUGGAAGACGACGGCAUCGUGGUGCCAAACCCUAAGCCCAGGGCAGAGCCUUUGCCCAUCACCGCCAGUUGUGCAUAAUCUGAUGAUCAGAGCUCAGAAGCCAAGCAGCUAGCUGGCCUUAGUACUUAAAGCCAGACCUAAUCAGUCUGUGAUUGGAAAUUUCAUAUUUUGAUUCAAUAAGUCAACCCUGAACUGGAACCCCGAUUCGGCAA